AUGGGAACAUGGAGACAUACACUCCACAGAGUCAACCAGCAGGAUAUUGUUUCAAGGUCCUCACUGAAGUGUAAUGUUCCAAGCAUGACACGAGACCUGGAAGAGGUUAUCAGUUGUACUCAGGUGAACUGCUCAUGUGAGUGUUUCCAGCCAGGCAAGGUCAACCUAAGAUCCUGUCAGCAGUGUAAACACGGCUGGGUUGCCCAUGCGGUGGGGAAGCUGAGUGGGCAGGAGUCACUGUGCUCUGGGCAGGUGGAGAUUGUUCAGGCCAACGUGGUCUUUGACAUUAGCAGUCUAAUGCUGUACGGUACUCAAGCCUUGCCCAUUCGUAUGAAGAUCUUACUGGACCGUCUCUUCAGCGUCCUCAAACAGGAGGAGGUUCUGACCAUCCUCCAUACCCUCGGCUGGACUCUACGCGAUUAUGUCAGAGGAUACAUUCUGCAGGAUUCCAUGGGGAAGGUUCUAGACCGCUGGGUGAUCAUGUCUCAGGAGGAAGAGCUGGCGACCUUGCAUCAGUUCCUUCGUUUUGGCGAAACCAAGUCCAUCGUUGAACUUAUGACGGUUCAGGAACAGGAGGGCCUCCUGGCAUCCAGUAUUAGGGAAACAAAAUCAGACUCAGACAUCCAGUCAUUCAUCAGAAGCACCAAACUUUGCCCUAGCCCCAGGUUACAGUUUCACACAGAAAAUGGUAGAGUCAGAAGCCAGGCCUCCCCAAGCCUGCAUCACUUUGAGAACCUGCCGGGGGGGAACCUGUCAUUUCUGCUUCCCUUUCAAUAUUUGAGUCUAUCCACUGCCCCCCAGCAAGGCUCGGAAACCACACCCUCACAUGUAUUAGAGUCAGCCACCCUGGCCCCAAGCCUGCAGCAGCCUGGCCAGGUAAAACACAACAACAACACCGACAGCAGCCAAUCAGAAAUGGCAUCUCCAUAUUUCUCACCAGUCAGAGCCAGCAACAGCCCUAAAACCAUCACAGCUAAUGGGAGAGGGGAUCCAAAGAGGAUCCCCAAAUGCAUUUCAUCAGUCAAAAGCGAGUCUGCACUCCUGUCGCCUGCCUCUUCCUCUUGUUGGGGUUCACGAGAGCGUAAGCUGGGAGCAGCCAUGAGGAAGGGCCGCGUGUGCUGUAAUGCUUGUGGAAAAACUUUUUACGAUAAAGGGACGCUGAAGAUCCACUACAAUGCCGUGCACCUGAAGAUCAAACACCGUUGCACCGUCGAGGGAUGUAACAUGGUCUUCAGCUCGCUGCGCAGCCGCAACCGCCACAGCGCAAACCCCAACCCGCGUCUGCACGCGCCUGCCCUCCGAAACACCCGCUCUCCAAAACCCCCCCAGCACUCAGUCACGGUCUCACCCAGCGAAGGAAAGCCCCAAAUGGGUCUGUCUCCCCUGAGCUUCCCUACUCCUCCAGUCCUGGAGCCUCAGCAAAGUUCACUGAUCUUUCCACUGGUGAAGACUGUGCAACCAUUGUUACCAUUUUACCAAACGCUGCUGUCGUCAGGGAAUACGGUUAAUCCCUCUAUUUCCACAUCCUCAAGUCCAGUGAUCAGUAAGACGAGCAAUGACAAAAUAGAAAUCAAUCUACAACUGCACACUCAGCAGUUCCAGAGAUCUUUCUUCGGGGACUCUCCGUUACAAGGCGGGCCCGUUUCAAGACCACAGACCACUGACUGUGUCUCAAACGUUGGGAGUGAACCAAUGCCCAAGAAGAAACCACGGAAGUCCAGCAUGCCGGUGAAAAUUAAGAGAGAGGCUCCUCCAGAGCAGGAGAGAUGUGACUAUGAAAAUGACAGAAAUGAUGAUGAUGAAAUAAAACUACAGUUCAGCAACGCUCAGAGCCAUAUAAAUGGAAGAGAAAUCAAUGGUAAGUGCUACCAGUCUCACUCAAACAACAGCACCUGCUUCAAAGAUGACAACCAUGCUGCGACAAUCCACAAACCUCAUGAAUACAAUCACACAGGUUACAUGUAUGACCAAGACAAUGGCAUCCAAUGUGAUCAUAAUGAUGGAGAUAAAAAUCCUGGCAAUGCGGAGGAGAACAGGGGUGAAGAGCCAGGACAAGCCACAGAGGGCUGUUCUCAGAACACAACAGAACAGCUGUCCUCCCUCCAGGAAAGAUUGGCUGCCACCGUGAGGUACCAGGAUAACGAUGAGCGUGAGAAAGAGGACAGAGAUCACUGA